CAACCUAUUGUCCUAUUUUGUCCAGAUCCGGUUUACUACACCACAUUUCCUACUCUACCUUGCCGGCUCGGCGCGCGUCAGGAUGGCCGUCACGUCGAUACAAGACCGAACGUCCGAGUUCAAGUCCGUCCUAACCCAGGUGCAAAGACGACAGGCUUCGUCUAAGAUUAGCGCACAAAGAAGAUCACUCCUAACCGACUCACAAAAAUCUGCCGCCAAUGGCGAUGCGCAACCGCAUCGGCGCUCCGAGUUCGCGAGACGCGCGGCCGAGAUAGGGCGCGGGAUUGCUGCUACCAUGGGGAAAUUGGAAAAGCUCGCGCAGCUGGCAAAACGCAAGACGCUAUUCGAUGACCGGCCUAUCGAGAUCAACGAGCUCACAUUCAUAAUAAAACAAGAUCUCUCUUCAUUAAAUCAGCAGAUCAGUGGACUACAGACGCUGUCGCGACAAAUGCACCCCAAGGCGGACCAGGAGGGCGAGCACAAUAAGAAUAUUGUUCUUAUGCUACAAGGAAAGCUCAGUGACGUGGGCGCCAACUUCAAGGAUGUGCUCGAGGUUCGAACCAAGAACAUACAAGCAUCGCGAUCGCGCACCGAAAACUUCAUCUCUUCGGUAUCCCAACAUGCGCAACCGGCCCUCCAACAACAAUCAGCCAGUCCGCUUUACGCAACACCUAACCGAGGCACACCUUCGCCCGGUGCGGACUUACUAUCGCUAAAUCCGGUAAACGACCAACAAAUGCUUAUGAUGGAAGAGGCCGCGCCGCAAAACUCCUACAUACAACAACGAGGCGAAGCAAUCGAGGCAAUCGAGAAGACUAUUAGCGAGUUAGGAUCCAUUUUCGGGCAGCUUGCGCAAAUGGUGGCGGAGCAGAGCGAGAUGAUCCAGCGCAUCGACGCCAAUACGGAGGAUGUGGUCGACAAUGUGCAGGGAGCGCAGCGAGAGUUGUUGAAGUACUGGUCACGCGUAUCAAGCAAUCGAUGGCUGAUCGCCAAGAUGUUUGGUGUAUUAAUGAUAUUUUUCCUAUUAUGGGUUCUCAUAGCGGGUUAGGCGAGAAAGAAAGAAACAAACACAAGGGUGAAACGAAACGGGAUGAGACGAGACGAGACGUUAUUAGUAGCGACGCUGGUGUACUACUAUAUUUACCUUAUUUUCGCUUCGUUUUUUAAAAGGGAAAACUUUUUGUACAUUAACAUUAUUACCUACUACCUAGGUAUUGGU